AUGUGUGGUAUUUUUGGGUAUUGUAACUAUUUGGUCGAGAAAUCCAGGGGAGAUAUCAUCGACACCAUAGUAGAAGGUUUAGAAAGAUUAGAAUACAGAGGUUAUGAUUCAACUGGUAUUGCCAUUGAUGGUGAUGAAUUAGACUCUACUAUGAUCAUUAAACAAAUUGGUAAAGUUAGUGCUUUGAAACAAGAAAUCGCUAAAGUGAAUCCUAAUAGAGAUGUUACAUUUGUUAGUCAUUGUGCUAUUGCGCAUACUAGAUGGGCUACACAUGGUGAACCAAAACAAGUAAAUUGUCAUCCACAAAGAUCUGAUUUAAAUAAUGAAUUUGUUAUUGUUCAUAAUGGUAUUAUUACAAAUUUUAGAGAAUUAAAAACUUUGUUACUAAAUAAAGGUUAUAAAUUCGAAAGUGAAACAGAUACUGAAUGUAUUGCCAAAUUAUUUAAACAUCUUUAUGAUAUUAAUUAUCAGAAUGGUCAUGAAUUAGACUUUCAUGAAUUAACUAAAUUAGUUUUAUUAGAAAUUGAAGGUUCUUACGGUUUAUUAUGUAGAUCUUCUCAUUAUCCAAAUGAAGUUAUUGCUACUAGAAAGGGUUCUCCAUUAUUAAUUGGUGUUAAAUCUGAAAAAAAAUUAAAAGUUGAUUUUGUUGAUGUUGAAUUCCCAGAUGAAUCUAAUUUAGGUAGACCUGAAACUCCUUUGAUUGCUGCUAAUGGUAAAGCAAUUUCUUCAGAUGAUAAUAAUAAUAUUACUGUCACUACAAAUAAGAAAAAUCCAAACGCAUUUUUAAAUGGUACUGGUCAUAGUAGUAGUUCACAUGACGAUAACUUAUUACCAAUUGCUGCCAAUGAAUUUAAUUUAAGAUAUUCUCAAUCUAGAGCUUUCUUAUCUGAGGAUGGUUCUCCAACACCAGUUGAAUUCUUUUUAUCUUCAGAUGCUUCCUCUGUUAUUAAACACACUAAGAAAGUUUUAUUCUUAGAAGAUGAUGAUAUUGCUCACAUUUAUGAUGGUGAAUUACAUAUCCAUAGAUCAAGAAGAGAAGUUGGUGCCUCUAUGACUAGAUCUAUUCAAACAUUAGAAAUGGAAUUGGCUCAAAUUAUGAAAGGUCCAUAUAAGCAUUUCAUGCAAAAGGAAAUUUAUGAACAACCAGAAUCUACUUUUAAUACAAUGAGAGGUAGAAUUGAUUUUGAAACUAGUUCUAUUAAUUUAGGUGGGUUAAAAGCUUGGUUACCUGCUAUUAGAAGAGCUCGUAGAAUAAUAAUGAUUGCAUGUGGUACUUCGUAUCAUUCAUGUUUAGCUACAAGAGCCAUCUUUGAAGAAUUAUCAGAGAUUCCAGUAAGUGUUGAAUUAGCAUCCGAUUUCUUAGAUAGAAAGAGUCCAGUCUUUAGAGAUGAUAUUUGUGUCUUUGUAUCUCAAAGUGGUGAAACUGCGGAUACUAUGUUAGCUUUGAAUUAUACUUUAGAAAGAGGUGCUUUAACUGUCGGUAUUGUUAAUACUGUCGGUUCAUCUAUCUCUAGAGCCACUCAUUGUGGUGUUCAUAUUAAUGCUGGUCCAGAAAUUGGUGUUGCGUCAACAAAGGCUUAUACAUCUCAGUAUAUUGCAUUAGUAAUGUUUGCAUUAUCUUUAUCAGAUGAUAGAGUUUCUAAAUUGGAAAGAAGAGAAGCAAUUGUACAAGGUUUGAAAUUAAUUCCAAGUCAAGUUAAACAAGUCUUAAAGUUGGAACCAAAGAUUAAAGAAUUAUGUAAAACAAAAUUAGCAGAUCAAAAAUCGUUAUUAAUUCUUGGUAGAGGUUAUCAAUUUGCUAGUGCAUUAGAAGGUGCUUUAAAGAUUAAAGAAAUUUCUUAUAUGCAUUCAGAAGGUGUCCUUGCAGGUGAAUUAAAACAUGGUGUCUUGGCAUUAGUUGAUGAAAACCUACCAAUUAUUGCAUUUGGUACUAGAGAUUCUUUAUUCCCUAAAGUUUUAUCUUCUAUUGAACAAGUUACAGCAAGAAAAGGUCAUCCAAUCGUUAUUUGUAAUGAAAAUGAUGAAGUCUGGAUGGAAAAAGCUGUUGAUUCUAAUUUAGAAACCUUGGAGGUUCCACAAACUGUAGAUUGUUUACAAGGUCUAUUAAAUAUCGUCCCAUUACAACUGAUGUCAUAUUGGCUAGCUGUUAAUAAAGGUAUCGAUGUUGAUUUCCCAAGAAACCUUGCAAAAUCAGUCACUGUCGAGUGA